GUACCUCCGAAGUCCAAAACCUUAAAACAGUUCUCACUCUCUCUAUCCCUCAUCACCACCACUUCUAAAGAGAAGAAAAAACCUAAUUUUGACUUCACAAAUUCCCUCCAAAGUUAACAACUUAUAAUAGUUGAGCUUCAUUAAUGGAUCCUCUCUCUGCUCUAAGAGACUUCACAAUCCGAGGUGAGUUAGAUAAAAUCGUUAAAGUUAACGAUGAGUUUAGAUUUGGUAAAGAUUAUUCAUUCCCAUGUUCAGCUGAAACUGCAUAUAGAUCUAAACAAGGUAAUCUCUACACAAUUGAAACCCUAAUUUAUUACAUCAAGAACCAUCAUAUUAAACAUACAGAAUAUCUCCAAAACGCUCGUAUACAAAAGAUUCCAUCAGUAACGUUACCUGAUCGAAAACCCUUACUUGAAUAUCUUCAAGGUAAGGUUUUAUCUAACGAUGCUAUUGAAUUUGUUGUACCUCAACACCCUAAAGUUGAUUCUGUACCGUUUGAUAUCGAAGAGUAUAGACCUGAUGAUCCUGGUAUGUUGCGCGGGGAUGCGCAGAUGGGGGGUGAUGUAGAGGAUGAUAAAACUAGGGUUCAUGAGAAAAUUGAUUAUGUUGAGAAAAUUAGGAGUAUGGAGAGACCUUUGAAAGAUAGGGAACUGUUACUGGAAUGUAGACAGAGGGACUUUUAUACUGUCCUUGUUGCGUCUACUAGACGGGAAGAAGAGAGGCAACGGUUGGAGUCCCAGCAGCGGAAGGAUGGGUUAGUUGCAAAGAGUAGGUUAAUGGGUUCAGAUGAUAGAGGGUUUUGGAAAGAUGGGGAGGAUGCAGGGUUUGAUUCAAAUUCGAAGCCGAAAAUGCAUAUGAAAGGGAGUAAGAUUGGGGAAGGAGUGCCGAUUAUAUUGGUGCCUAGUGCUUCACAAACUCUAAUUACGAUUUAUAAUGUGAAGGAAUUUUUGGAGGAUGGAGUAUUUAUACCGACGGAUGUUAAAAUAAAACAGAUGCAAGGUGCAAAACCGGAUUGUAUCACGGUGCAGAAGAAGUUUAGUAGAGAUCGGGUGGUGACUGCUUAUGAGGUGAGAGAUAAGCCUUCGGCUUUGAAGGCGGAGGAUUGGGAUAGAGUGGUUGCUGUUUUUGUAUUGGGUAAGGAGUGGCAGUUCAAGGAUUGGCCUUUUAAGGAUCAUGUGGAGAUUUUCAACAAAAUUAUUGGAUUUUUCUUGCGGUUUGAAGACGACAGCAUUGAAUCUGCAAAGAUUGUGAAACAGUGGAAUGUGAAGAUUAUCUCGAUUAGCAAGAACAAAAGACACCAAGACAAAACAGCAGCUCUAGAAGUUUGGGGAAAGCUGGAGGAAUUCGUACGCUCACGAUCACAUAACUGAGGUUUUCCAAACUGCAAUAGAGAGAGAAUGAUUCAUUUUUUUGGUCCCAUUCGGUAAGGACAUUAUAGGCUGUUUAGCUUUAUCAAAUGAAACACGCACUUGCUGGCAUGGUUGGAAAAGAAAAAUUGAUUUAGUUGGGGUCGCUCCUUGGUUUUUACUUCAUCUGGUAGAUGAAAGAGAAGGAGAGGUGGUUGACAUGGUUUAGGAGUAGUAAGGGAUACCGUUGCUGACUCAAGUUGAGGGCAAUGGUUUGGUGCCAUUGAUGGUUUAAUUUUUUUUUACAUGUAAAGUUCAAAUUUCAAAGGUUUCGAGGAAAGAGUUUGUGGGGUUAUUUUGUAACCAAACUGUGACUGGUAGCCCAUUGAACUCUUUAAGGGAAAUAGAGGUUCUACGAACUCUUCUCUGGUUUUUGGUUAAAUGUAUACCUGGUUUAAGACUUCAACAAGUAUCUGUCUUUUUCUCCUA